AUGACCGAGACACCGAGACCGAGUACUCGGUCUCGAGAUGAAAACGAAAUGAAUUUGCUCAAUGAUAUUUCGUUUGUACGUGAUUUGAUGAGUAUUGGUGCUUCGAUCGCUGUUGAGCUUCUUGUACUCGUUGGUUUCGAUUUUGUUGAACUUCUAGCAUUCGAGCGUUUCGGUUUUGAUAAACCUCCAGCGACCGUUCGUGUUGCUGUUGGUAUGUUUGUUGCGCUCUUUCCCGGCGUAAAUGGUAAGCUUGCUGUACUCUUUCUUGCCGCAUAUCACGAAUAG